UAUGAUUUUGUUUGCACCCGUACCUUGACAGUGAGCGACGCAUGUCCAUGUGAUGUGUCUGGAGUGAGCACACAGUUCACGGUCUCUGUUUGUGUAACUGAACCAGUUUCAACGCGACAGUCACCAGAUUAUUCUUUCUAUCUAGCCAUACAGCCAGUCUCAAGCGGAUGUGCUAAUGUAGCGUUAGCAUCUCCUCAACGCAGUCAUCCAUAUAUUCAGCUGGAUGCUGACAGUCACCUGGGUGGGGCUGACGCGGAUGACGGUGCACGGGAGCGGAGCUCAGCGAUACAAACCUAUCCCGCUCAGGAUUAUUGUAAAGCAGCCAGGGGCGGUCGGUCCGUCCGAAGCCAAGCCAUGACCAAGCCCGAGUCGAGGAGAAGCGGCGCGGCUGCGAUCAACGCCGCAGCGAAGUGCGCCACGGCCGCAUCCGCUGCCGAGCAGGUCAAUAACGGCGCGGCUCAGCCGGGCUGUCCGGGUCAGAGCGCCCCGAUCAAAGCCAAGGUGAUGAAGCAGAGCUCAAGGGAGAGCCUCUACCGGUGGAACACCGAGUGCGAGGUGUACGACGACGGGACCAACACCUUCUUCUGGCGAGCCCAUACUGUCACAGUACUGUUCAUUCUGACUUGUGCUUUGGUCUACGUCACGCUGUUGGAAGAAACCCCUCAGGACACGGCCUAUAACACCAAAAGGGGGAUUAUAGCCAGCAUUCUUGUGUUCCUCUGUUUUGGAGUGACACAGGCCAAAGAUGGACCCUUCACCAGACCACAUCCAGCUUACUGGCGUUUCUGGCUCUGUGUCACGGUCGUCUACGAGCUCUUCCUCAUCUUCAUCCUAUUCCAGACGGUGCACGAUGGAAGACAGUUCAUGAAGUACAUUGACCCCAAACUUGGGGUCCCCCUGCCAGAGCGUGACUAUGGAGGAAACUGCCUCAUAUAUGACCCAGGAAACACUACUGACCCCUUCCACAACAUCUGGGACAAGAUUGAUGGCUUUGUUCCCGCUCACUUCCUGGGAUGGUAUAUAAAGACUCUGAUGAUCCGGGAUUGGUGGAUGUGUAUGAUAAUCAGUGUGAUGUUCGAGUUCCUGGAAUACAGCCUGGAGCACCAGUUACCUAACUUCUCUGAGUGCUGGUGGGACCACUGGAUCAUGGAUGUUUUGGUGUGUAACGGCCUGGGAAUCUACUGUGGCAUGAAGACCCUGGCCUGGCUGUCAAUGAAGCCCUACCAGUGGCAGGGCCUGUGGAACAUUCCCACAUACAAGGGGAAGAUAAAGCGCAUGGCAUUCCAGUUCACACCGUACAGUUGGGUGAAGUUUGAGUGGAAGCCCGCCUCCAACCUUCGACGCUGGCUCGCUGUGUUAGGAAUUAUAUUCAUGUUCCUCCUGGCAGAGCUGAACACCUUCUACCUGAAGUGUGUGUUGUGGAUGCCUCCUGAACACUACCUGGUGCUGCUCCGCUUGGUCUUCUUCGUCAAUGUGGGCGGCGUCGCCAUGAGGGAGAUCUACGACUUCAUGGACGACCCGAAGUUCCACAAGAAGCUGGGCCAGCAGGCGUGGCUGGUGGCAGCCAUCACAGUGACGGAGUUCCUCAUAGUGGCCAAGUACGACCCCAAGACCAUCAUGCUGCCCAUCCCCUUCGUAGUCACGCAGUGCUGGUUGUUAGGAAUCUUCCUCAUCUUCAGCUGGACUCUGUGGAGGUUUUUUAUCCGGGACAUCACACUUCGAUACAAAGAGACCCGACUACGCAAACAGGAAGUGCCCCCUGACUGGGACCGCCCUCUAGGCAGCAGCGGCACCAUCGCCCCCUCUGGGCGCAGCAAACUGAAUGGCAGCGCCGAGACUGUGAGGCAGAGGAAAUCCUGAAGGGGGCGGGGGGGCUGUAGUUGCUCACACAGCAGCUACUGAAGGAUAAAAGGACAAGGUUUGAUGGGAAAAUAAAUAAAAUGAGUGAAGGAGAAGGGUAAGACGCAUGCAGAGACACACAGAUGGAUGUGUACUUGCUGUGUAGACUGUUUCUGUGCCUGCGUGAAACCAGGAGUCGUUCAGAUAGGUGAGGGUGGAAGGAGCUGUUUUCAUUUGGUGCAUCGUCUAGUAAUUGUCAUACUACACGGAUUUACCUCAUUCUAUUUUUAAAGUACAUGUGUGCAAUCAUGCACGUGACAUUAUUUAUACAUGUGAAUGAUGAAGAGGGGGAAACAAAAGCUUAUGUAGAGUAGUGGAAGGAGGGAUAGAGGUGACAGGGACUCGACCAAUAACUGAAAACAGAUUCCAUUUCUCAGCUGCAUUUUGUCUUAGAAAACAAGCGUCAAGUUCAUGUCGCUGUAAAUAUGCUUUUGUUCUGUGUCAUUCAGUGGUGCUGAGAGUAAUGUCUUUUGAUGUGAUGACUGAUCUGGAUUCCAUUUAUCGUCCAUUGCUAUGCAGUGUUCAGCAUCUUCAAGAGUUUGGCCACACUAUUACAGAGCAGCAGUUUAAACUAAGCCUGGUCAAUAACAAAACAUUUCUGUAACCUUCAGUUGAAUUCGCAUACGUUUUUUACAGAUUGUACUACUGUACUACUGUAACAUACUUAAAUGUUUUCAUUUACUGUUCAGGUGUGUGAUUCCUAGAAGCGCUGACCCUGGAUGUUAUUAAAACUGCUGCGGGAUACUCACUCAGUCACAGGGAGGAGAGGAAAUUCCUCUAAAGUUGUUCUCUCCUCUCACCCUUUGUUCUUGAAAAGAACGAGUUGUAAAAAAAAAAAAAAAAAAAAGUCAAGACGUAUCAUAUUCUAGGUAUUUAACUUCCAAUACUACACAUGAUAUAUGAGAUAUAGUUUGGUGAGUUUUUUUGUAGAUGUUUUGUUGUCCCUGUUAUUUCUUUAGGGUGAAUCGAUUCUGAACACUAGAUUGUUCUUUAGCUCUUUUUUCUUUGGUAAAUGUGGUGCAGAGAAAUCGGCAGCAUGAACAGAUCCAGGACAAUCCUGCUGACAGGAAGCUGUGCUCACUGUCCUCUCUGAUGUGGGCUCUCAUGUAGCACAGUAAUGAAUCUACACCGUCAAGGUUGAGGCUUUGCUGAAACGCUGGCUCAUUCGGUCACAUCAGAAUGUGAAUUUAAUAUGUUUCUUUUUAAUGCCAAAUCUCUUUCUCCAGUUGAAUUAAUUCAAUUUUCAAAAGAAAUUAAGGUUUAAUGUCGAGUUAAUUUGUGUUAAUGUUGGGGAAGAGAACCUAUCUUGUGUGCGUGUUGGGGGGAGUUGUCAUAUUGCACAUGCAAUCAGCCAAAGCUUAUAUCUCAUUAUUUUUAAAGCCAUAAAAGCAACAGAGAUUCACUUGAGCUGCUCCAACUGCCGUUAAACCUCACGCAGAUUCCUUUUGACUUUAAGCAAAGCCGAAUUUCAAAGCCAUUGGAGUGAUUUGCCUCAAUUAACAGUUUUAUGUUCCAAUCUUAACUUGACACCUGGAAACCAAACUGACAGUAUGUCAGUAAGUCGGAGAUCUCACCUCAUUUCUGUCACACUGGGUAUCUCGUGUGAGAAGCUUCUGAUUUCCUUCAGUUUUAAAGUUUUAAACCUUUAGUCCAUGAAUCUUUCAUCAACAGAAGAUACAUCCACAGCUAUUUUGAUAAUCAGUUGUCAUUGUUCAAUUAAAUAUGUCAAAUACUCUCUGGCAGCAGCUUAUGUGCUAAUGAACUGAAGAACCUCAGGUCUCAGCACCAGACAAAACAAGGGAAUUGAAGACAUGGCUUUUUUUCUUUUUUUUUUUUAUAUUUUCUGAAAUUUUACAGGCCAAUCAAUUAGUCAAUAAAAUGAGAAACAGAUUAAUCAAUCAAAAUAGUAAUUAGUUUGAGUAAAAAACAAACAAAUCUGUGUGAGUAGCAUCAUCAUCUCUACCAUCAGACACCAGUAACUUGGCCAAAGAGAAGAAGUUCCUGCCAUCAUUUAAAAGAAAUGAUCCAGAAAUGUCAUUAUCAUACAACACAAUAAGCAAACUGAAAACAACGCCUUUCGUGUUCUGAUCUUGCUGAAUCGCCACUGUCAACAAAACAAGCUUUAGUCUCUUAAGGUCAUAGAAUCCGUGGUUAACUUUGUGUGUGUGCGUGUGUACGUCAUCCGUGACGAUAGCCCCUAAUGAUCUUGUAAAGUAGACUGCUGCUGUAUAAAGAUAAAAUCCUUUCCUUCUGAAUGUAAACCAGCAGAAUCUGUGGUUCAAAAGAGAGGGAUUUUGAAGUCCUGACGUUUGUCACAUAUACAAAACUCAUCUUCCUUCUCAUCCAGGCUUUGGAAAUACUUCAGCCUCUUUUUUGGAACACAGAUGCUGUGCAAAUUAAAAACCCUUAAAACCUCUAGCUGGUGUAAACCUGUGCUCGUUAUUCUGUGCUGUCCCGGUUCAGUGGCUUGAGAACUUUGUAGGAGUUCAGAGAGAUGGCUUUUUUCCUUCUUAAAUCAAAUUGAUUUAGAUGUGGGUCUGGGGGAUUCACUGUGUUACUGUGUUCAUGUCUUAGAUUGACUAAAGUGCAUAUAUUUGCACAUCAGCUCUGACAACACUAAAUAAUGAAUUCAGAGGCUGAAACGGGAACUGGCCAAAAAUAAUAAUAAAAACAGGACCUUUUCCUUUUAGUGUUUGUGUAGUUUCACUUACGGACACAUGGGGGCGGUAUAUGAUAUGUUGAUUUACUGCUGGCGCUGCCCUCUGUUCUUGUCUUCAUGACAAUGAUCAGUGGCAACUUGCAGUUAAAAGCCAUUUUCAAUGAUGGUUUGUGUAAAUGUGAAACAUGUUAAAGAUCAUAGAAAUAAAAUAUAUGCUGCUGCACCACAAUUUUAUAAUGUUUUCAAUAAAAUCAAAUGAAAACCUUAA